AUGGAAGACUAUGGGUAUACGCAGCAAGUCAAAACGGUCUUUAAGGAGCGGGCAAAUAUGGGGCCGAACGAGAUAGAAGUCAUUGAUGGCGCAGACGCGCUCCUUUUGGCAGGCACCAUGUCGCAGUUUUCUGUAAAGUGUGCUGCUUUCUAUCUUGCGGACCACUACAAAGUUUUGGAGGGCCUUUUUGCCCCGCAGAUGUACGACUACGACCACUACUUGGCGCAGAAGUAUGCAAUAGACAAUGCGCUGAUGUGCGUUCUUUUCAGCCUGCACGAGAGCCACGAAAUCCGGACCUGCCUGAAAGAGAAAAAAAGCGCCCAGGUGCUUCGGGAGCUGUUUUACAGAAAAAUCGAGAAGAAGAUGACGCGGUGGACAAACGUGUACAUUGCAAUCCGAAACAAGGAAGACCACAGCUACCCCACGCAAACCGCGAUUUUGUACCAGAUGUGCAUUCUCAAGCUGAGCCGGAUGCUGGUGCGGGAGAAGAAGUACUGGUUCAACCUGCUGGAGCAAAUGCAGCACGUGUUUGCAGAGAGAGACCUGCUCUCUCGGCUGAACGACUUUUCUUCUCUGGAGGUCCGGCAGGGCGUGAAGAACUUUUCCCGGCCCACCGAGUUUCUUAUUGACCUGCGCAAGACGUGCGUCGACGUGGCGCACUCGCCGAAGGGCGUGCGCCUUACGUUUCAUCAGCUGCGCGCUGCAAUGCAAGUCAAACUAAUAGUGCGAAAAUGGAGCAGCAUUAUAAUGAUCAACGACAUCAUCUGGCUGUACCAAGACAUGUUUGACGGGCGGCUGUGGCACAAGUUCAAGGAAACAACGCAGCAAAACCGCGACGAGCUGAAGCGCGCAAUCAAAGCGUACGAGGAAAACAUCAUUGCGAAGGACAGCCAGACUUUCAAGGAAAACCGGGGGCAGUACUACGCAAUUUUCAAGCGGCGGUUUAUGGCUGCGUUCGAGAAGGUGUACGAGAAAAACCCGCUCUUCACUGAGUAUUUGGAAAUCCUGUCCGGGUUUGUGGAGGCCGAUAAAAACGCGCCAAGCCCUUUCUCCAAGGUAACCCGCAUGCUGAAAAAACGGGGAACGCGAAUCGAGUUUUCAAACCUGGCUGCCGCGUGCGACCUGCCCCCUGCGCCAAAGCGCUAUAAGCAUCUGCUCCGCGGCGAGUGUGCCUGCCCCUGCACUGUCUCCGUGUUUUUCAGCUGGCUUUUCAGCCUAUUCCAAGACCCAAGCGCCCGUGUGCGCGAAUGCCCCCCGUGGCUGCAGGCUUUUCUUCUGCGGGCAGGAAUGGCGCCUGGUUUCUGGGACGUCGCUGCAGAAAAGCCCCAGGCGUAUGAGCUUCUUCUGAGAGCUGGCAUGUUUGCACUUUUUUAUGCGCUGACGCUCUGGAUGCAUGCAAGCCGCUGCACGGGAAUACGGGUUUCCCCGCUCCAGUUCUGA